UUUGAUUACUUGACACGAGAUAGCUCAAUACUGGGACCACACCACCUGGAUGAGUUCGUUCGUGUUUGGGCCGAUUACGAUCCUGCUGCCACGGGGCGCAUCCAUUACACAGAUAUGUAUGAGAUGCUACGCAAUAUUGCACCGCCUGUUGGAUUCGGUCGAAAAUGCCCUUACCGCCUGGCCUAUAAACACCUAAUUCGAAUGAAUAUGCCGGUAGCUGAAGACGGUACUGUACAUUUCACCACAACUCUGUUCGCAUUGAUACGGGAAUCGCUCAGCAUCAAGAUGAGACCUGGUACCAUUUCGUGUACUUAUAUCAGCCACGUGACCAAAGCCCUUACUCCACUGUUUCAUAUUUUUUGA